UUAAAUUGGAACUUCUGAUCUCUCUCUGUGAUCUCUGGCUAGUACUUUGAUCUCUUGAUCAUCAGCAGACAAGUGUGGUACUGAUCUCUCAAAUGGCACCAAAGAAUGCUGGAUCGUCAGCUAAGAAAGUAAUGAACAAAGGAGCAUGGACAGCAGAGGAAGAUCAAAAACUGUCACAGUACAUUGAAAUCCAUGGAGCAAAGAGGUGGGAAACAGCUGCCGCUACAGCAGGUUUGAAUCGAUGCGGGAAGAGUUGCAGACUCAGAUGGCUGAAUUAUCUGAGACCCAACAUCAAAAGAGGCAACAUUUCAGAUGCAGAAGAGGACUUGAUACUUAGGCUUCAUAAACUACUAGGGAACAGAUGGUCUUUGAUUGCUGGGAGACUUCCGGGACGAACCGACAAUGAGAUAAAGAAUUAUUGGAAUUCUCAUUUGAACAAGAAAAUAAAUCAAGCCAUGAUCGAGAAGACAUUGGAGAUUCCAACAGCAGUAGUAGUACGAGAUCGUACUAAAAUAACUAUGCCUCAAAAAUCUGGUGCCAGCAUUAAUGAUCAGGUGGGCAUCGAGGCAGCAGGUGGUCAUGUCAAAGAAAAUGGGUACACUAAGCUGGCCGCCAACUUUGAGUUUAGUACUGACUUAGGAUCAUCUACUGGUUUAGAGUGGGCGAACAAGUUUCUUGAACUAGACGAUGAUGCUUGGCUUUUUGGAGAAAAUAUGAGUUAUUAA